GUCGUCUAAACUAUUCAUAUCCAGGAUCCGAUAGCUCUCUGCUUAUUAAUGGUUGCCAGUGGCCAUGGGGCCCUGCCAAGGUGGUACAGUCUGCUGCCAGCUGCUUUCAAAAGAGUGCGCUCUCCUAUUGUACUUUCACCUCGCUCAAGUUUCCGGAUCCCAGUGGGAUGGUUGAGCAGCCCUCUAUUGAACCAUGUACUUUCUCCCUGACUCGAUUGGGACCUUAAGGUCAGUCUUCACUGUUUCCGAUGGAAGAUGGAUUCUUGGAUGAUGGCCGUGGCGAUCAACCUCUUCAUAGUGGCCUGGGUUCACCUCACUGCUUCACUCACCAGAAUGGAGAAAGAGUAGAACGAUAUUCUCGCAAGGUGUUUGUGGGCGGCUUACCUCCUGACAUCGAUGAAGAUGAGAUCACGGCUAGUUUUCGUCGCUUUGGCCCUUUGAUUGUGGAUUGGCCUCAUAAAGCAGAGAGCAAAUCCUAUUUUCCUCCUAAAGGCUAUGCAUUCCUGCUAUUUCAAGAUGAAAGCUCUGUUCAGGCUCUCAUUGAUGCAUGUAUUGAAGAAGAUGGAAAACUCUACCUGUGUGUAUCAAGUCCCACUAUCAAAGACAAGCCAGUACAGAUUCGGCCUUGGAAUCUCAGUGACAGUGACUUUGUGAUGGAUGGUUCACAGCCUCUUGACCCACGAAAAACUAUAUUUGUUGGUGGUGUUCCCCGACCAUUGCGAGCUGUGGAGCUUGCCAUGAUAAUGGACCGGCUGUAUGGAGGCGUGUGCUAUGCUGGGAUCGAUACCGACCCGGAGCUGAAAUACCCAAAAGGAGCUGGGCGAGUCGCAUUCUCUAAUCAACAGAGUUACAUAGCUGCUAUCAGUGCCCGCUUCGUGCAGCUGCAGCAUGGAGAGAUAGAUAAACGGGUGGAAGUUAAGCCAUAUGUCUUGGACGAUCAGCUGUGUGAUGAAUGUCAGGGGGCCCGUUGUGGGGGAAAAUUUGCUCCAUUUUUCUGUGCUAAUGUUACCUGUCUGCAGUAUUACUGUGAAUAUUGCUGGGCUGCUAUUCAUUCUCGCGCUGGCAGGGAAUUCCACAAGCCCCUGGUGAAGGAAGGCGGUGACCGUCCUCGACAUAUUUCAUUCCGCUGGAACUAAAGGAUAACUACAGUGCUCAUUUUCAGGCCUCAGAAUAAGUGCACUCUUCUGUUAAUUCUGCCCCCUUCCUCAACCUCUUCAUUCUGGCAUGUCCUUUUGUGCAGUCUGUAACUUAACAAUAAGUCUAACGGAAAGAAUGACCUAUAAUAUAGGUGUUUUGUAGAUUCUUGUGUCACUGAAAACAAUAUGUAUGAACUCCUUUUUCGUAUUGCCAUCAUGUUGCAUGGAAGUUUCAUUCUCUUGUUUUGCUGGAGACCAAGAGGAUCCAAACUUCCCGCAACAUUUUCUUAGAGGAGAGAGAGAAAUAUUAAAAGAGAAAUGAAACAAUAGAGUAUUUUGGGUUUUUAAUUAAAUUAUUGUUAAUAAUGUAACAGAUAAGAAUACUUUUAUUAAAAUAACCACAUAACAAUAACACUAUCAAUCUCUCCUGACGCGGGGUUUCCCCCAGGGAAGUGCUUUUGCCUUUCUCUUUCUUUUCUUUCAUAUUUUUUUGCCUCUCUCUUUUUUUCCGUCCCCUUUUUAUUCUUUUAACAGCAGUGGAAGAAGUUAACAAUAAUUAACAGGAAAGAGCGUGUUAAAGCAAACACAAAUGCAUGAGCAAGAUUGAAGCAGCAUUAUAACUAAUUUUAAGGGUUUAGAGGCGGAGUGUAAUUUCAUUAUGCCGCAAAGUUACUACCACAUCAGAAAAAAAAAAUAGUAAAGUAGGCAGAGCUAGGUUUAUUUUCUUUUAAACAGGUUUUUAAAUUUAGAGUAUAAAAAUUGGGUACAUUUACUUCUGAGGGGAGUGCACUUAUUUAUUUUUAAACUUUUACUUAUCUGGUCACAGCCCCAGGAAACCUACCAAAGCUAGAGUUAAUGACAACUGGUGGGAAAACUAGCAUUUCCUCUCCUAAAGAACAAAUAUAUAAAUUUUAUUUUUGAUGUUAUAUAUAAACUCUAUAUCCUAAUUUACUAACACUCAUCAGGUGUCAGCCUUUGCUCUCCAUUUUGACGUUAAAAAAAAACAAACAGAUCUAGAGAUACCUCAAGGAUAUCAUUUUUGAUUUUGUGUUAGACUACCAUGUGUAGCCAAAACUGGAAGACAAAACCAAUAUUCAAAUUGGCUGCUGAUUGGCUUACUUUUAGAUCUAAAGUUACUUUGGGUAUCCUGUAAUUUAGUUGUAACAUAGAAAAUGAAAAAAAAAAAGUUAAAAAAAAGUUAAGUAGUUGCAAAGUGUUUUGCACCGUUGAACUAAGUAACUGUGUAAAUCUGUGCAAAGGUACGUAUGUUUAUCUUACUCUUCCUAUAAAAUAAAAUAACAUUACAGUUUCAGAACUUAGCAUGGGACAUAGUCAGUGUUUGAAGUGCCAACUUCAUCAAGUAAUGCAUGCUUUAUUAUAAAUAAAAGUAGCUUUUGAAAGGCGUUAAUGAUGUGUUGAACAGUAUGCUUCAGGGGUAAAUUGAAAAUAGUCUCUUGAAGCCCUGGUCAUGGAAGUAACUUUUAUUUUAAUGGACAUUCUCUUAUGAAAUGCCCUAUCCACCAUGAGAAGGAUUAUCAUCAGUGUGCAAAACAUUAAAAAAAAAAAAAAUCUAGUGGCAAUCUUGCUAGUUGUGCUACCUAACAGUACCAUCUUGGAUCCUUCAAAACCAAAGACUUGCCCCAGGAGUGCGGUGGAACCACCUGGCUGAUGACCCCUACUGAUCACCUUUAGGAAAAGCAGUCCUUUAUUUUCAAUCCAGGCUUUAAUGAACUAUAUACCUGUUAAGUUCCAAAGGUCAAAAUGGAGGCAUUUGCUGUCUAAUAGAUACAGAAAGGGAGCUGCUUUUAAAGAAUCCCCUGCAAAUAUUGAAAGCGGUCAUGUGAAUGGAGGGUGCUCUUGCGUAGCUGGUCAGGGACUUUAUUUUCUUUUCUCCUGAACGGCAUAAUUCUAAUUGGAAUGUUCAUUUGCCUCUUUUUAUUCUUUUCAGUGCUUGUAGGUGGCUUGGGGUGUGCUAUCGUGCUGUUCCUACUCAGUAAACAGGUGUGAUGAGCUAACGAAAUAAGAACUAGCUUUGAAUAAUAAUUUUUCCCUUUGUACAUGACCUGCUGAAUUUCGGUACAGUGUUUUUGUAGCUAACUUAUUUUGUCAUGCACAUAAUGUAUAUUUGUUAUGCACUACUUUUGUAUAUCUUGUUUUUCCAACAGUGAACAUUUUUAGGCACACUUUUCACUGACGGGAUAUCUCUUUAUGCAAUACCUCAAUUUUUCAUAUUGCAAAGAGUAGCUUUUUGUACUUUUAUUACUGAGAGAUCUUCAUAUACUUCAUUUUUUAAUAUAAAUAAUUUUAAUAAAUUUUAUUUUCUUAUAUUCUGCUUUUUAUACAUUUCAGUGCUCUGCAUACAUUUUAAAUUAUGAAUGUUGUGCACUGGCAAUGCUAUUUUAGAGUCUGCAGAGAAGAGAAAGCAUGUUGCUUAAACAUCCUUCCCCAGCACCAGCUAUUGGUGUACCUAUAAUUUAAGAAAUAGUCUAUGUAAAGUCACAAAUUAAUGAAAAAAAAUUCGCAUGAAAAUGACAGAUAACACUGUAGUUCCUAAAAAAAAAAAAGAAAAAAUUAAAUGCAUAAGCAUAGGGUAGAAAUUUAAAAUAACAAAAUUGUCUACAGCUUCUUACUAAGUUUUUAAAAUUAUUCAUAACGCAGACAUUUUUGGUGAAUGUUUAGCCAUUUUUAAUAUUAAUAAAUUGGUGUUAAGUGUUUGAUUCAGAGAUGUCUGCUCUUUUAAAUUAUAUAUAAUGAAAAAAAAAUAGCCUGCCGUGGGACAGGUGUGUAAUGUUAGUAUGCAUGACUAAUGUAAGAAAUUGUUAUUCUACUAAUAUUUACUUGUGAUUGUGUGACAAGCGUGUUUACAGAUUAUUUGGUUACACUUCAAUUUACAGGGCAUAAACAAUUAUUAUCUAUUACUCUGGACUUUAUUGAUUACGUGUCCUUCAGAUUACAUGGGAUUGUAGUUGGGAGUUACCAUGUAACUCAAAACAUAAUUAACAUGUAAUUAGUUUACAGAUUUUAGGGUAUCACUUCAAUGUACCAAGCAUGUAGUUCUAGCGCACUAGCAUGGCACCAGCCAUGUACUUACAAUGUAGUUACAGAGUAAUUACAUGGUUAUUUUUGCAAUGUAAAAUAAAGUGUUUCUGAUUAUUUUCUAUGUAAAGGAACCCUCUCCCUUCCCCUUCUGGUCCCCAAGCUUCGGUAAAAUAUAUAUACUUCUCCAUACACAGACCUCUGCAGAAUGCAAAAUAAAACUUGCAGUGAAUGAAUUUAGCAUUUUAUGAGAGUGCUGUUGGAAAGACUUGAUAAUUCACCCUUUUUGUUUUGAAGAGUUGAAUCUUCUGUUAAAAGGUGAUUUAAAACUUGAAUGUGAUGAAUUGUGGCAAGUUAACUUCAAGUUAUGUGCAAUACUUAUUUCAAACUUUUGAAAGAUCUUUGCAGUGUAAUUCUUUGUUUUUAAUUACAGACAUUUAAAAAUGUCAUUUUCUACUGUUAAGAGUAAUCCUCUUUCUUGCUGGUGUUUCUAAAGAAAAGAAUCAGAACUCAAUCUUUCUACUAAUGUAAAUUUGAGAUUAUUUUUAAAAAUGGAAUAAAAGAGGUUUUGGUCAUUUGCUUUAUUUUAUUAUCUUAUUUUAAAGCUACUGUGAUUGAUAGCAUUGUAAGAAUUGGGACAAUAUUGUAUUCAACUGUUUUAUUUUUUAUAUUUUUAAAAUUUAAAGUAUAAUUAGUUUUUAUAAUUUUCAUCAGAUUUUUGUUAUAUUUUUUGGAAGUGAAACUUUUAGCAAGUGGGUGUCUAGUUUUUACUAAUCCCUAAUUUUUUUUUUCCAGUGUAUUGCUCAUAUUAUCAGAAGGAAAAGUUAUUUAAGUAUGUCAGUUAAUUGUACUACUUGGCUGAAUUUCCAUAUAGUUUUUACUGUGUAUGGGGAGGUUGUAGUAUUUAUUAUAGCAUUUUAAAUAAGGGUAAUUCAUUUUUUAUUAAAGUCAUUUUCACGUUAAGUUCCUAUUUUUGUAUGUUCUACUCUUAAGUUAUAUAACACAGUUCCUUUUUUAAAAGAGUUCAUUUGUUGAAGUGCUAGUGGAAAAUUAAUGUUAUUAAAUAGUUUGCAAAUGACUAUUUAUACCAGUAUGCAUAUAAUUUUUAAAUAUUUGUAAUGUGAGAUGUUGAAUGAAUAAAACUUUUAACUCAG